CGUGCACACGCCCUCGCCCCUGCGCCCGGCAGGCAGAGGCCGGAGGACGCGUGGGAGUUCGAGGCCAGCCACGGCUACGUGGGGGCACCUGCUACAAAACACAACACCCCAAGCAACUUCCGUCGUAGUUUAUGAGCUUGCGCACCGGAAACAAUCUCGUGUAAAAAAAAAAAAAAAAUCUAAGUGCGAAGAUUAGUGAUGGGCCGUGGCCACCCCGUGUGCUGCGGCAGUCCCGGGCAGGCUCCUCAGUGGCCGCUCCGCUGGUCUUCAGGUGCACAGUGGCUGACAGCCGAGGAGAGGAACCAACUCAUUCCUGGCUUGAAAGCAGCAGGAUGGUCGGAAUUAAGUGAGAGAGAUGCCAUCUACAAAGAGUUCAUCUUCAAAAAUUUUAAUCAGAUGGCAGUGAGCUGUGAACUACCAUGUGAGUGCCGGGAACUGAACGCGGUCCUCUGGCAAGAGCAGCCAGUGCCUACCUCUCCAGCCUGCGCUGUCCGGAGCACUGGUGUCCCGUCCUUACCUCACACGGCCUGUCUGAUGUAGACGAGAACAGGACUUGCUAACUCAGUCAUGGAAUCUUACAGGAUGACACUGAGCCAAGUUGAGGUUGUGGGAUGGCUUGUCACGCUGGGUCCUGUCACAGUAGGUGCCAGACUCACAUCUCUGGCACCAGCAGCAGGGUUUUCAGAGCCUCCUUUUUGUUGCUGUGGUCAUUUUCUAGCAGGGAGCUUGUUUUCCAAGGACAACCUGUUGGAUGGCUUUCCAUAGCCGGUUUCGCUGUACCUUCCUGAGAAAGGGACACUCACCAGGUGACACAGACAGAGCCACACUCAGCUGGGAGCAGCCCAUGCUUCACCAUUGAACAA